CAGGGCCACCACAAUCCGUUGCCCAAGAUGGCCAGUAAGACGUCUGCAGUGGCAGACGAGCCCAUUGAUGUGCUCUUUGCCCUGCAUCCCAAGUUCAACCUCAUGGACUUUGCUGGUCCGCUGGAAGUUCUGACAACUGCACUACACGAUGCUAAGGACCCUACUUCCAAGGCCUUCGAAGUUACCAUUGCCGCGGGCGAGCCCAAGGUCCUCUCGGAGCAGGGUGUCAUAAUCGGCUCCCAGAUUUCGUGGAAAGAGGCCCACGAACGUCUCGACGAUUUUGACGUCCUCGUGGUCCUUGGCGGAAACACUGAGCCCGUCCUGAAGGAAAAGGCCGAGCCGCUCGACUUGAUCUCCGCCUUCUCGGAACUCCAGAAGAACGACCCCAGCCGGGAGCGCACACUGCUCUCCAUUUGCACGGGAGCCCUGUUCCUGGCGCAGCAGGGUAUUCUCUCGGGCCUCUCGGCCACGACCCAUCCCGACUUCAUUACCAGACUAGAGAUCCUGUGCAGUCAGGCGACCGCCCGUGAUUUGGGCGAGCAUACCGACGUCGUUGAAGACGCCCGUUAUGUGGUAAACAAUUUGCGCUUCGACCUCGGAGAUGAGGACGAGAAUCCGUACAUUCGACGCAAAUCGGACGCUAGCCGCCCCGCCAACGCCAGGAAGGGAUCCAUGUCCUUCAAGGGCGCUUCACGUCGUGAGUCCAUUGCCCGCCGCGCCGCGAUGCGCUUGGGUGGCCUUCGUGUCAUCACAAGUGGGGGAGUAGCCGCUGGCCUAGAUGCAGCUCUGUAUCUGGUCAGCGUCUUGGUUUCAGAUGAGAGUGCCAACGAGGUUGCCCGUCACAUGCAGGUGAACUGGACUAAGGGCAUCGUUGUCGAUGGUCUUGAUGUGUAAGAAGAACAGGCUCUGGAGUCCAGCAAUAGCGCCGUGCUGUUCGCAUAGAUUAUGGUACUAUGACCUGAGAACGGUCAAGGACAGCCGCAGGCUGUGAGCGUUCAAAAUCCACAAGAUUUGGGUGAAAGCAGACGAGGGUUGAAUGUUUCAAUGAAUUGCAUGCGGACCUCAGUGUAAUUUUUCGUGAAAUUUUGCAUUUCCUUGCAUUGGAACGGGGCACCUACUGUAAUUACACUGAUAUGUACUGUACUGUACAGUACCUUCGUACUAAGACGGGAUAUGCAUUGGUACAGUACAACCCUGGUUUGUUUGUUAGCGCGGAACUCACGACAGGGGUCCUGGUCCUAAGCUCAAAAUCGAU